AUGACUCAUCUCAUUUGCAGGAAUGCUACCCUGUUCGACGCGUCUAAGCAUCUCGCGUACUCUCCGCCAACACGUAUCCUCACUAUGGGAGACCUUCAGCUAGAGAACACAGCCAUUUCCUCCAUCGCUGCCUCCGAUCCCUUCCCCUUGCUCUCUUAUGAGGCUGUCCUUGAGCAUCGUCGCGAGCUCUUUAGCCCCAAGGUGAUUGACAAUUGUCUCCACCGCACCCUUCCUGGCUCAGCCAUGCUUCGCGGCAUGGCCCAGAAAUACACGCCAUUCAUUCAGUCUUUCUGGAACUCCCCCGAAGUGUUGAAGAUUGUGAGCAGUAUUGCGGGCGUGGACCUUGUGCCGGCGAUGAACUACGAGAUCUGCCACACAAACAUCCAAUUGGGAAGUGAAGGUCUCGAUGGCACAAACUAUGACAACGCCAUCGUUGAGUGGCAUAAGGACUCGCAUCCUUUUGUCAUUGUUGUCAUGUUGUCUGACGCUCGCAACAUGGAGGGAGGCGAGACUGUGUUGAUGGGAGGAGACGGCAAGACGCUGAGCGUUCGAGCGCCGCAAAUGGGACGACACAUUUCCCACGUUGCGCUUCCCGCAACCAACAUGCCUGAGCGAAUAACUAUUGUAACGUCGUUCCGACCCCGAGACCCAACACUGGCAGAUGAAACCACAAAUGCUAAUGUUAGAGGCGAAUCGCAUCUGACCGAGCUCUUUUACCAAUGGUCAACGUACCGCUUAGAUAACCUAGCCAAGAGGGCUAACAUCAUGGCAAGCGAGUUGAGAAACAACCAAGAGAUAAAUUCUUCGUCUGCUCCAAGGCCAAUCGUGAAACCUUGA